CUAUGCAUAGGCGCAGGCCUAUGGGGCGGGGUAUCGGGAAAGUGUGGCUAUGAUGCCUGUCCGCAGACUGACCCCAAAAAGCUGAACAUACAUCUCAUCGCCCACUCCCACGACGACGUGGGAUGGAUGGAGACGGCGGACGGAUAUUAUGACAACGCUAUCAAUCAGAUCAUCACGAAUGUGGUGAAGGAACUGGAGAAAAAUGCUGAGCGUAGGUUCACCCAGGUGGAAAUUUAUUAUUUCAACCGGUGGUGGAGUGGACAGACCGAUGAGCGCCGGGAUGUGGUUAGGAAACUGGUGGCUGAGGGCCGGUUGGUGUUCACGAAUGGUGGGUGGACUGUGAAUGAUGAGGGUGCCGCUCAUUAUAAUAAUAUUAUUGACCAGUUGACCAUGGGGUUAAAAUUUCUAAACCAAACAUUCGGUCAGUGCGCUCACCCAAAAGUAUCCUGGCAAAUUGACCCCUUUGGCGCCUCCCUGGAAAUGCCCUCAUUAUACGCCCAAAUGGGGUUCGACGCCCACGUUGUCAACCGGGGGCCUAGCAUAUGGGGGAAACCGGUGGAAAACGGUGAGUUUAUAUGGGACGCCUCCCGGGACCUAAACACCAAGAUCUUCUCAACCGUACUGCACCUGCACUACAACUCUCCCAAUGGGUUUGACUUUGAAAAUGGUCAAAACGCCGUCACCGAUGGGAACGCCGAGCAAAAGGUCAAGGAUUUCAUAAAUAACGCCAACAACUGGAAUAAGGCCUACGGAAACACAAACCACGUGUUGGUCACUAUGGGUAUGGACUUCGAGUAUAAGACAGCGAAUACGUGGUUCGAGAGCAUGGAUCGCAUGGUGAAGGAGGCGAAGGCCCGGCACCCGGAGGUGAACCUCAUGUACUCAACGCCUAAUUGUUACGUGAAAGCCGUUAAUGAGCUGAACAUUACGUUUGAGGAAAGGGCGGUCGACUACCUGUCCUAUUGGGUGGGGUAUUAUUCUAACAGACCGGCACUGAAAUACCAGGAUAGGAUUACGAAUAAUAUACUCCAGGCGAGCAAACAGUUGUCAGUAUUGGCCCGAUUAGACCCCCUGAACACCAGGGCCUACAUGGAUGAGGCGAGUAAUGAGGUGGCAGUGAUGACACAUCACGACGCCAUCACCGGUACGUCACCGCAGGCUACGGCCGACGACUACACGAGUCGACUGCAGUCGGGAUACGCCGCCAGUAAACGAGUCAUUCAAAAGGCUUACAAUUACUGCCCGAAACAAUAA